AGAUGGAACAUUCUGGAAAUAGUGUAGAAUUUUUUAAAACUUUACAGGAUUUUUUUCUUGAAAAUUUCUGCCCUUUUGCAAACCUGUUUGCAUGUUAUAUUAUAUUAUAUUACCGUGUAUUUUUUCAGUUUUCUAUACAUAGUGUCAACGCAGUUUGAAAGAAAGAAUGUGGAAUAUCACGAUUCACAAACAUAAUCUGAUUGCCGAACCUAACUGAAUGCUAUUCAGCCUAUUAACCCAUUCUGCGCUGCGUCCUAAAGUGCACACUAUCUAACCACAUCUGCUCUAAAUAGUAAAAAUUAGCGUCACACAGAAUUUACGAGCAAAGCACACAGAGACGCGAGCUCGCUUUCAGAUGGACGAUGUGCGCAUGCGCGCUACCAAACACUGACGUACUUCCUGGGCGGAACACGAUGGCUCCCGCUAAACGAAAACAGAGCUGUGCAACACGUGGAUAUGUUUGAAGCGGAGCCAGCAUCUCUCGACAUGCUCUUUACUUAAUCUUUUUGAGGUAAUUUUGUGUUCUCUUGCAGACACCGCGGGUGUUUUACCCGUCGACAACGCGCUAACCGGCGGCAUUAGACAACACGGAAGUGUCGCGUGAUAGAAAUACACUUUGGUGGAUUAAAUAAGUAUGGCUCUCGGUAACGAAGACUACUCGAGCCGGCGGAACAACGCCCCGGUUGAAGAUGUGAUGGACAUCGAGAGUCACUCGCAGCUCAUCUUCGAAACCCCUCCGCCUGAGGUUGUCGACUCCAUCAAUGAGUGUUUCGAGCAGUUCACACGAACCCUGGAGCAAAGUGAUGCUGCUGCAGGCCACCGGUCUCCUUCGGACAGUUUCUCUGGUGAAAGCCUGUUUAUAACGCAGUCUAGAGCUAAAGCAGCCCGAAUUAAAAGACAGCUCGGAUCUUCUGAGACGCCGGACUCCAUCGGUGAUUCUGGAAGUGGGAGAGAGAAUGAAGAGCAAGCCAAGGGCAAAAUGAGAAGAAAAUAUAUAAAAAGUCUUCCUCAAAGACUUAGCUUUCCAUUUCUGUUGAAAUCAAGCAAUAAACAUUGCAUAUCCUUAAAGAAGCACCGGGUUCUAGAGAACUCAGAAAUAGGAGGGUUCUUAAAAUGCAUAUGGAAAAUCAAGGAUUGCUGUGUGAACACGGGGAAAACAAUCAGUGAAUCUCUGCUGGAGUCAGACCUAAGUGAUGACUCUGAGGGGGACGAGCACAACAGUGAUCAUGAAGUCACAAAAGUGGAUAGAACCAUUUUUGUUCCAAGUUACUUUAAAGGAAACCAACAUAAAUGGCUUCCACAAUCCUUCCUGGAGAUGAGAGCCCAGUGUUCACUUUCAGACGACGAAGAAGAACGGCUAUUCAGCACCAAAGUGAAAGAGAAGAAAAGAAAAAAUAAAUCUGCCAUGAAAAAGAAGGCAAGUGCUUCAAAAAACAAACCCGCUCGCAAAAGCAGAGCUGCAGCCAGGACAUUAUCAGAAUCGUCUGUUGACUCUCUCUUCAUGGAGCAGGAAAAACAAAAUAAGACUCAUGAGGUUUUAGCUGCAUGUUCAGAUGCUGAACACUCAGAUUCAGCUCAUCACAGACGUCGACUUACUGAGCAGACUGUCCAGUGUCUUGAGAACUUAGAUGGAGAUCAUUUAGUGGUAAUUGAAGAGACACAGAGAAACUCUAUUGAGGCACUUACAGAAGCAGCUGUUCAUAUGGAGCAUGAUGGUAAUGCAAGUCUUUCAUCUCAAGCUGAUGACUUUGCUGAAUCGGAAAAAACUGUGUCAGACCUGCAGUCAGAAAACACAGCCGAACGUGUGGAAGAAAUUAAUUCACCUGUCCUUUCAGACAGCUUGUUUACCAGUAAACAGAAAAAUGAGAAAAGGCAUGAGUUAAAUACACAAGAAGUAGAGUCUGGUGCAGAUUCUCGUGGAGCAGACAGUGCUCAUUCAGUUGAGAUGGAUCGGUUCAGUGAGUCACAAACUACAGAGAUGACACUCAAAAGAACAAAAAAGAAGAGGAAAGACAAAGAGAGGACAAAGACAGAAGAUAACAGUCGUACAGAAAUCUUGUCAAAUGAAACUUGUGAAGCUCCUGAGACCGAACAACCUGAGCACAGAGGAACGUCAGAGGAAAUCUCAGGAUUAAAAUCAGUGAAGAAAAAGAAUGUAAUUGAAGAAUCUCCGUAUGACUCUGAUUUUGCUCUGGAUGUAAAUUCAGUAUCUCAGUUUGAUAAUGUCACUGAUAGAUCAACUACUCAUGAGACGGCAGAAGAAAGACCAAGUGAUGUUCUUGAACAUACGCAAGCUGAAAUAAAUGAUGCUGCACACUCAGAUUCUGUCCAGUGUGCUGGGAACUUGCAUGGAGAUCACUUAUCUGUAAUUGAAGACAGACAGACAAACUCUGUAGAGGCAGUUACAGAACAAGCCAUGCAGCAUGAGGAUGAUCUGACGCCUGGAAAUAACCUGCUCAACAAAAGCAGUUCUUUGUUGCUACCACAAGAGGGAGACAUUUCUAUACAGAAUGACAUUCAACAGACUGACAGUGACUUUGGUUCACAGGAUUUAUUCAUAUCAUUGAACAGUCCUAAAGCGGCACCUACUACAGUGAAUAUGGAGGAGAGCGAUCAAGACAGUGAUGUGACUCAAAUAGAGACAGAAGUAGAGUUUGAGUCCAUUUUUGGCCCAGGAACACCGAGAUGGUGUGAUGGUGGCUGCCGUGCCUAUGAGGACAAUUACAGCGAUGGAAAAUCUGUGUCUGUGUUUGGGUCAGGAACACCAAACAAGCAGUUAACAAGUCAAGACAUGAACAGUACCCAACACCCAGAAUCCCAAAAGAAAGCCCAGACUCCCGUUGGCCUAAAUAAAAAGAGAAAAAACGGGUCAAGAUCUCAUAAGGAUUCUGAUGUUACAGAUGUAGAGGAGACCGUGAAUGUGCAACCGUCAUCCGGACAUUUACCACUAGCUGGUCAACCAUUAAAAGAAGUUUGCUCAAUUUUAUCCGAGCGCCUCAACAUGAGGAAACGAAGGGAGAUGGAAACGGAUCCUCAGGAAAUUCCUUUGUUUAAAAAUGAUGGACUGAGCUUUAUUAAAAGAAAAAGAAAGCUGAAGGAGAAAUUGGGUGCAACUAAUUUUAUACAGUGUGAUUUAAAUGUAGAUGUCGGCUCUGAAUCACCAGCUGAUGACAUUACUGGAGUUAAAACAACACCCAGAGAGAACAAGAAAUCAAAUGAAGUGGAAAACAGAGUAACGAAUAAAGAGCAAAGGGAAGAAACAUUUUUACAUAUUGUGGAGACAUCACUGAACCUGGAGGAAAGUGUGGCAGAUGACAGUGCCAUCCCAAGGGUUAAGAGGAAAAAGAAGAAAAAGUACAAAUUAAAAGAACAUGACGUAGAGCCAAGUGUAGAAAUUCAGUCUGUUGAGACGGUUCAGUUCAGUGGGUCACAAACAGCUGAACUGACAUCCAAAAUAACUAAAAAGAAGAGAAAGGUCAAAGACAGGACUAAGAUUGUAUACGUAGGGGACUCUGAUAGACCAGCAGAGUUGAGAGUAAAUGAUCAACACAGUGAAGUUCCAGAGACGAACGAACCUGAGUUUAUACAGACAUCAGAGGAAAUCACAGGAUGCCCAGUGACUAAUGUAACUACAUUGAAACCUGUAAAGAAGAAGAAGAAGAAGAAGAAAAGAGACGAGACUGAAGAGCAUGAAUAUGAACCUGUCGAUCUGGAUGUAAGCUCUAGGUCUCGGUUUGAUCAUGCCAUUGAAGAACGGCCAAUUGAUUGCAACACAGCUGAACAUUUAGAAGGUAUCGCACCACUUAUUUUAAAGGCUGCCAGAAUCAAAAAGAAAGGCCGAAAUGCAAGUUCUUUAAGUGACAUUAUUGGACUGGAAAAUCAAGCAUCGGGCUCGCAGUCAGAAAGCGCAGAAGUAGUCUUGAAAAAGAAAACAAAGAAAAAACAGGAAUUACAAGAGCAAAAGAAUGCAGAACUUGCUUCAGAUAUUGGGGAAGAUGUGCGUUUGUUUCAACAAAGUGAGUCAUCAAUUACAGAUUCGCUAACCAGAAAAACAAAAAAGAAGAGAGCAAACAAAGACAGGGAAAGGACAACAGAUAGCUCGUCGAAUGGCACUUUUGACCAGAUGUAUGAAAGACUUUCAGAAGUGAGAGAAAAUAAUGUGAUUCAGUCCAUUGAGGCCAACAAGACCAAUCUGUUUGAACAUUUACAGAUGACGGAGGACAUAAGUUGUUCUUCACCCAGUGUAAAUAAAUGGAAGAAAAAGAAAAAAAAGGAUAGAAGUGAGAAACCUCAGUAUGAUUCUGCAUCUCAGCUUGAUGUUGUCUCUGGGCUGAUGGGACAAAAGAUGAUUGAAAGGCCAAGCACUGACAGUGCAGUGGAACAUUUGGAAGGUAAUUCAGUAGAUACGUUAAAGGUGGCCAAACGCAAAAAGAAAAGUCAGAUUUCAAGUUCUUCAGCUCAAGCUGAUGGCAUCGUUGGACUGGAAAACGCUGUGUCAGACCUGCAGUCAGAAAACACAGCCGAACGUGUGGAAGAAAUGAACUCACCUGUCCUUUCAGACAGCUUGUUUACCAGUAAACAGAAAAAGAAGAAAAGGCACAAGUUAAAAGUGCAGGAGGAAGUAGAGUCUGGUGCAGAUUCUCAUAGAGCGGACAGUGCUCAUUCAGUUGAGAUGGAUCGGUUCAGUGAGUCACAAACUACAGAGAUGACACUCAAAAGAACAAAAAAGAAGAGGAAAGACAAAGAGAGGACAAAGACAGAAGAUAACAGUCGUACAGAAAUCUUGUCAAAUGAAACUUGUGAAGCUCUUGAGACCGAACAACCUGAGCACAUACAGACGUCAGAGGAAAUCUCAGGAUUAAAAUCAGUGAAGAAGAAAAAGAAGAAGAAGAAGAAGAAGAAUGCCAGUGAGGAAUCUCAGUAUGACUUUGCUCUGGAUGUAAAUUCAGUAUCUCAGGUUCAUAAUGUCACUGAUAGAUCAACCACUCAAGAGACGGCAGAAGAAAGACUAAGUGAUGUUCUUGAACAUACGCAAGCUGAAAUAAAUGACCCUAAACACAAGAAGAAGAGGAAACGCUCGAGUUUGUCUGUUAAUAACGGUUCUGAGUUCAGCUCUUCUGAUGCACAAAUGCAGGAAAGUGUUGUACCUGAGAGGAAGAGGAAGAAGAAAAGAAACUCUGAUCACGUGACAAAUGCAGGUGAAUUGAUUUUGGAAAGUUCUGAUCACACAGCGCUGUUUGAAAAGUCUCAGAGCCCGGUGUUGAAAUCACUCGAGUCGAUUACGAAGAAGUCCAAAAAAAGGAAAAACAAGGAAAUUAUUGAAAGCAUAAAUCACGUACCGGAGAAUAGUGCUCAAGCAGAAACCAUACAGACAACCAGGACUGACUCAAUCAUACAGCACAAUGCAGACAGACAGGCCCACGUUAUUAUCUCACUGGGGGAUUCUGAAGAUAUUAGAAAGAAAAAAAAGAAGAGGAAGAAGAAAACUGAAAAUAUCACGGUCUUAUAACAAUGACUCAGCUGCAGCAGUACAUGAAGAAGACCCACCCAAAAGAUUCUGUUCAUUCACACACAAAACACGUGAAAAGAUUAACCUAAAGAUAAUCAUCUGAUGAAGAGAGGAAAGUUCAUGUGUACUUAAAGGAGUAGUUCACCCAUCAAUGAGAAUUCUUUCAUCAUUUCCUCGAGUAGUUCCGAACCCCUUAGCAUUUACUCGGUUUGGAACUGCUCGAGUAAAUGAUGAAAGAGUUUUUGGGUGAACUAUUUCGUUAAUAGUUAAAACUCUUCGGUCCACAAUAGAAAAGCGUGGGCAGGAGGUGAUAAUAAGGCGAGGAAGAAACCGGUUCAAAAGAUAAAGCUUGUUUCUAAAAGCUGUGACUAAACGUAUUUUUAACGAAGCGUUUUGUGAAAUGCUACACCUGUACAUAUUUAUAGUUACUUGUUUUGUUGACGUGCAGAUGAUCAACAUUCUUGUGACAGUGGCUUUAUUUUUUUAAUAAAACAUGUACAUUUUAUUUCAAUCAUUGUACAGCCAAAUUAAACGGUCUCUCCUAGAGCACUGUAACAUUAUUACUGUCAGAAGAGUUUAUUUAUACAGAGGCAAUAUAAUUCUGACGUACUUUAUACAUCUGCAUUGUGAACACUUAGUCUGCUUCAGCCAAAUAAAACAUACCAGGCAUUCUCUGUGUGAUAAAUACA